ACGAAGGGAUAAAGGUCUGUUUGUAAGUAGAGGGUUUGUGUUUACAGCCCAGGCCAGGGAGAUGGUAGGGCGGCCUCGGUGCCUCCGAGCCCGGAAGUCUCUGUUCUCUGCGGGGCGGAUCUGGAAGCGAAGCCAUAAGGGGCGGGACUUCCGCCAGCGACGCGCUGCUACCCGGAACGGUUUUCCCAGAGAUUAAACCAGAAGAAAAUGAUGUGGUGACCGUUUCUGAGCCCAGCUAUUCAAUACGGAAUGCAGUGUAUGCAGUGUCCCAUGCCCUCCAUAAAAUGCUGCUGAGCAAAAUUGAAAUGGGACCUAAAGAAGACAGAAACAUGGACUGGCUUCUUCCAUGUCAGAAUGCAUUGACCUACAAUGAUGUGCAUGUGAACUUCACUCGAGAAGAGUGGGCUUUGCUGGAUCCUUCCCAGAGGAAUCUUUACCAAGAUGUGAUGCUGGAGACCUACAGGAAUCUCACUGCUAUAGGCUACAGUUGGGAAGAUCAUAAUAUUGAAAAGCAUUGUCAGAGUUCUAGAAGACAUAUAAGGUAUGAAAAUAGUCAUAGUGGAGACAAACCCCCUGAAGAUACUCAAUAUGACGAAGUCUUUACACAUCACAGGAGUCCCCACACACAUGAAAGUAAGCAUAUUCGUGAGGACCGCUAUGAAUCAAACCAAUAUGGUAACGCUUUUGCACAUAACAGUCAUUUCCUAAGACAUAAAAGGACACAUAUAGGAGAGAUAUCUGAUGAAUGUAACCAAUGCGGUAAAGCCUUUGCAGGUAACAGUACUCUUCUAAUACAUAAAAAAGCUCACACUGGGGAGAAACGUUAUGAAAGUAACCAAUGUGGUAAAGCCUUGGCAAAUAAUGGUCAUCUCCUAACACAUAGAAGAACUCACAAUGGAGAAAAACCUUAUGAAUGUAACCAGUAUGGUAAAGCCUUUGCAUGCAACCGUGAUCUCCUAAGACAUAAAAGAACUCACACUGGAGAAAAACCCUAUGAAUGUAACCAGUGUGGUAAAGCCUUUGCACAGAGGUGUACACUCCUAUUACAUAACAGAACUCACACGGGAGAGAAACCCUAUGAAUGUAACCAGUGUGGUAAAGCCUUUGCAUACAACUAUGGUCUCCUAAUACAUAAAAGAACUCACACUGGCGAAAAACCUUAUGAAUGUAACCAAUGUGGUAAAGCCUUUGCACAGAGGUGUACACUCCUAUUACAUAACAGAACUCACACGGGAGAGAAACCCUAUGAAUGUAACCAGUGUGGUAAAGCCUUUGCAAACAGGUAUAUUCUCCUAGUACAUAACAGAACUCACACUGGCGAAAAACCUUAUAAAUGUAACCAGUGUGGUAAAGCCUUUUCUUCUAACCAAAAGCUCCUACUACAUAACAGAACUCACACUGGAGAGAAACCCUAUGAAUGUAACCAGUGUGGUAAAGCCUUUGCAUCCAACUACGUUCUCCUAAUACAUAAAAGAGUUCACACAGGUGAGAAACGUUAUGAAUGUAACCAAUGUGGUAAAGCCUUUUCACAGAACAGUCAUCUCCUAAGACAUAAAAGAACUCACACUGGAGAAAAACCUUAUGACUGUAACCAAUGUGAUAAAGCCUUUGCAUCUAACACUGAACUCCUAAAACAUAAAAGAACUCACACGGGAGAAAAACGUUAUGAAUGUAACCAAUGUGAUAAAGCCUUUGCAUGUAACAGUAAUCUCUUAAGACAUAAAAGAAAUCACACUGAAGAAAAACCCUAUGAAUGUAACCAAUGUGGUAAAGCCUUUGCAUGUAACAGUGAUUUCAUAAGACAUAAAGGAACUCACACUGGAGAAAAACCUUAUGAAUGUAUCCAAUGUGGUAAAACCUUUGCACAGAGGUAUACUCUCCUAGUACAUAACAGAACUCACACUGGAGAAAAACCCUAUGAAUGUAACCAAUGUGGUAAAGCCUUUGCACAGAGGUGUACACUCCUAUUACAUAACAGAACUCACACGGGAGAGAAACCUUAUGAAUGCAACGAAUGUAGUAAAGCCUUUGCAUGUAACAGUGCUCUCCUAAGACAUAAAAGAACUCACACUGGAGAGAAACCUUAUGAAUGUAACCAAUGUGGUAAAGCCUUUGCAUAUAACAGUGUUCUCCUAAGACAUAAAAGAACUCACCCUGUAGAGAAACCUUAUGAAUGCAAUGAAUGUCAUAAAGCCUUUGCACAGAACAGUCAUCUGGUAGUACAUAAAAAAAUUCACACUGGAGAGAAAUCUUAUGAAUGUACCCAAAGUGAUAAAGUCUAUUCAUUUCAGAGUAGUCUAUAAAGUCUAUGCAUUUCAGAGUAGUCUCUGAAGACAAAAAGAACACAUCCUGGAGAAAAACCUUAUGAAGGUAAGCCAGUCUCAUAAUAAAGUCUUUUCAUGUAAGAGUUAUCUUGAACAAGAACACUUAUUGGAGUGAAACCCUAUAAAUGUAACCAACGUGUGAAAAACUUUUCAUGCCAUAAUAAUCUCCAUCUACAUAGAAGAAUGCACACUGGAGAGAAACAUUAUGAAUGUAACCAAUUUGAUAGAGCAUUUUGACAUAAUAGUAAUCUCCUAUGACAUAAAAAAACACAUACUGGAGAGAAACCAUAUGAAUGUAAGCAAUGUGGUAAAGCCUUUGCAUGUAACAGUCAUCCCCUAAUACAUAAAAGAGCUCACACUCUAGAGAAACCUUAUUAAUGUAACCUAUGUGGUAACAUACUUUCUCCAGCAGGGAUACAUUUCUUAAACAUUCCCAAAUGAUACCAUCAACUGAGAAGUAUUCAUUUCUCUGACUUCAAAUGUAUGUGUUUGAUUUCUGUUACAUGAAAGAAUUCAUGAUGAAGAAAACAUUUAUAGAUAAGCCUGUAGUUGCCUCAACACCUGAGUUCAGUAAUGAAUUCUUAUAUAAGUAAAACAUUCAUGAAUAAACAUAUUUAAGAAUUUGUUUUAAUUUCCAUUAUGUGAUAACAGUUU